UGAGUAUUUUCUGUGACACCCGCACAUUCACAGCUUGAACUUGACAUCACUUGGUUCUGAGGAUCGUGCCCUUGUUACCAUGGUCGAGAAAAUUACUACCACGUGUUUACCUACCCAUAAUCACCCCCCCAACUGGGUGAGUCAAUGAGAUCUCAGAUGGGACGAAUAAUAAAAUAUAGAACCGAUUGUUAGACUGCCUCAGACCUCAUCCUGACGCCAGCUUCACAUGAUGUCGAUACCAUUCUUAGGACCUUCAACGAUGGAAGAUGACUUCGCGCGGCCACCUCAGUUUCCCUUCAGAAGGUCCUCAUUCACGGACAACCGAUUUGUUGCGCCAAGACAGGUCCUCAGUGAUCAUUAUACAAAAUCCUGCUCCGGAGGCAACAUGUACAGCUUUCACCCCGACAAAUAUGGCUCCCCGUCUGCGAGGGGAAAGAACCAGUCUGAGAUGAAGAGUCAACUCUCAUCCGACAGUCAACCUUCCCACCAUCCAGCGUGGAAUCUGAAACCACAAGAACCUGCCCAAGACUCGUCGGCAGGAUGGAGCCCAGUGGCUGGUCCGUCAAGAGAACCACAGGCUCGCUCACCAUCACGAUCUAGCAUCACCAUUCCUGGUUUCAACAAGAAAGCUUACGGACACCCUCGGAGGGAGCCUGCAAUAAGCUCAAGAAGCAAUCACGAACCAAGUAACCGUGUUUCAGCUUCUCACGUCAACUCAGCCCCCCAGCCUCCUGUUGAUGAAGAGCAGGCCAAACAUGCUUCAGCGUGGAAGACUGAACAGGCUUCAUGGGCCCUCGAAGUCUCGCAGCGGACUAAUGGCUGGGAUCAAUCUGAGCUUAACAGACCGGAUCUCAAACCAAGACACAAAUCCCCAGUUCCCCAAUACAUUCCGGAUAAGAAGCCUCCUACACGACACGAUCUGGCUACCUCAAAGGACAAGACUCCCGCAACGUACGCCACCCUCAAGAAGGAAGGAGAAACUCCCGAGCAAGUGAUAAAGCGUCUUCAAGGAGUCGGUCUUCGCGAAGCCCAUAUGCGCAUGAGACGGCAGGCCCAGGGAGAAGAUGUCACUACCGGCCUGACGACACUUGACUUCCUCCGGAGACCUAUCACUCCAGACGCCACUGACAAUUCUAUACUUCCCGUCCAGCCGCCUCCACCGCAAUGUCAAAUUGCUCCUGAGCAAGGCAAAAACCUGGAUCAAUCGCAGUCUAUUCGGGAGCGUGGAGAACCUAAACAAGGAGCAACAGAGGGCAAGGGGGAAGAAAAGAAUGCCCGUCCAAUCCCGGCGGCCUGGCAAGAAGCAUCGGCAAGCAUUCAAGCAGAAGACACGACCUCCUCGCACCUUGCGACAAGAGAUAAUUCUGGGGUUCUAAUCAACUCAGCGACAACCAAGGGUGUGGAAGUUUCACAGCAGGCCCUUCGGAAUUCCUCCGAUGAUCCGGGGGACUCUGCUAGAACAAACACCACUGUCACAUCUCAGCCGUCCCCUACUGAAACCUCACCUCCUCAAGCGAAGAUCACUCGUAAUCGCAGCAAAUGGGUAACGAAUGCAGAGACCAAGCCGCCACCUCACAAACCAGACAGCAACGCAGCAGGCACAGACGUGACUGAUGGCUCUACCAGACCCAUGGGAUUGCUCGAAGCUGAAUAUGGGAAACUCAUCCGCAGCCGAGAGCCAGCAGUGGGAGAAUCAGCACUGAUUGGAUGGGACGGUAAGCUGCAACCACCUCCCAUUGACUGGGAACAUCGUGCACAAUUCCACAACAACACCCCAGAAUACAUCCACGGUUUUGAAGGAUGGCUCGGUACGAACACGGUCCGAACAAUGCAGAACGUUGCGCUUUCUUCAGGAGUCCCUCCACAGGAACAGUCGACCUCUGAAAUCGACUUCGGGGUUCUUCCAGCCGAACAGGUCCAAGACGUCAACAAUGUCGCCGACGGCAUUGGCUUCGUUCCCAGAGACACUAUCCUCACUCUCGACAAUGCGGCACACUACGGCCGUCGACCUGGCAGUGAAAUCCUGGAGGUUUCCAAUGUCUCGCCACCCGAUUUUAACGCCGAGGUCAAACUCGACGCAAGAGAUGUCGAGACCUUGAAAUACAAAGACGAGACCGCCCAGUUGUACAUUGACAGACGAAUGACGUACCUGGCACGCCAGCAAAAGGAAGCCGAAGCCCAGCGCAAACUUCGAGAGACUUCCAUGACUGAAGCUGCUGCCGUCAACCCCGAACCACGCCAGCCCAAACAACUCAAGACAAACGUCUACCUCCGUCCCGCCGUCCGAGCAGACUACCCAGGCAUGACCCGCAUCUACAACUGGCACAUCAAGAACGGCGUGCGCCCGUCCGAACUCGUCGAGAUCACCGAGUACGAUAUGGAAACACGGCACAACAUGUCCACAUCCGCUCGCCUACCCGUCAUCGUCGCCGUCGAACGUAACCGCAAACACUCGCGCCACAAGCCGGCCUCGCGACGCGUGAACCCAAACCACCCGAUCCAAAACGUCGACCCCAAUUACAACGCGGUCGUCAAAGACGAGAACAUCGUGGGCUGGGCCUCGGCCACCGACUGGUCCGCCUGCGACUACGUCGAAACGACCACGGCCGAGCUCGAGAUCUACGUCGCGCACGAUUUCCGACAGAAGGGCGUGGGCCGAUGCCUGAUGGACGCACUCCUCGACGCCACGGACCGUGGCCACAUGAGCAAGGGCGGCUACGACUUCCACGCGGCCCCGGAGAUCAAGCAUCUCUACAACUGCGGCGGCGGGCGCGAUCUGCACAAGAUCAUCUUCCAAGUUCGCAGCUACAACCGGCCCAUCACACCGGAGCAGAAGUACAAGCUCGAGCGAUCCGUGGAAGCCAGUCGGGACUGGGGUUACGCGAAGGGCGAGUUCUAUGGCCGUGCGAACGGUCUGUAUGCGGCGCGCAAGGCGCUCCCUCCGCGUGAAGAGAAGAAGGAUUUCAGCAAGGCCGCAAAGAUUGACGAUCGCGAAGACGAGUAUGAUGUCUGGUUGAAGGAGUGGCUCGAGAGUGCUGGCUUUGAGGAGGAGGCUUUCAUCAAGAAAAUCGGCACAAAAGGGAGGCGCUAUGUUGAUGUGCGCUAUCUGACCAAGGAGACUGCCUGGCAGCCACAGGAGAAUCGCAUUCCGGAUUUCAGCAACGGGCUCUGAGAAGCUUCACGUCGACACAAGCUUGAAAUGGAUCAAUGCUUACAACGUCAGAAUUUCUGGUCGACGACAAUCUUGGUGAGGGUCAUACGGCCACCUGCACCGUUUCCCCGGCAUCAUUACUUCGGGCACAAGCUUGAGCCUGGCCCGCCAACCCAUCAUGUCCGCUCUGUCGACACUUCAACUUCAUCCCUUUCAGCUGGAUCAUUCGGUAAUCAGACAAAACAGGAUCCCAGAGCACUCCAAGCAUAAGCAUGCUUCACAUGCUAGCACAAUCUGAUCACAUCCCUAUUCAACGCUUUUCAGUCUUGCUUUCACCAAACACCUUCGAUUUACUCAUCCUGGAUUGUAUAGCAUUUCGUCCACUGGCGACAGGACGGUUGGCCAUAUCCAGCACGUUUCCAUUCCGUUCCGUUUCGUCUCAUGGAGCAGCGGACUUCGCUUUGCUUUCAAAGACAAGCAAGCACAGCGAUCACGGCCCUGAAUUUUCCUAUCGCGAUGUUCCGACUACUGCUUCAUCAUCAGCAUCAGCAGCAUUUUCUUACGUGAUGCGCAUAUCAUGGCGCCAAAGGGAGCGCUCGAAAAUCAUCACUUCAAGGGGCAUGGGCUUGAAUUUGCCUGGAGAAUGAUUUAUGAAUAUCAUCAUCUGGAGAAUGGGCUAUGGAAGUUGAAUUUAGGUCAUUUCGAUGAGUUGCCCCAUGGCCCGCAGGGCUACAUUGCACAAGCAAAUAGCUAGCUCAUCAUGAUGAUCUUCUUCUCAGCCCCCUUAUGUGAUUAGUCGCAAGCCCUGAACAAAUAUUGCAUACUGUG